UGGGCGUUCCCUAGGAACCGAGGCCCGCCCACCCGUUGUGACGUCACGUCCGCUUCCUGCCGCGCUCGCGACCAUUUCCGUUCCUUCUUAAGUGCGGCUUUCGGACUUCUGUGACGUCGGGUGCUCGUGAGGAGAGGGGAAUCCGGGGAACUGCAGCCAUGACUGAGGCUGACGUUAACCCGAAGGCCUAUCCCCUCGCAGAUGCGCACCUCACCAAGAAGCUGCUGGACCUUGUUCAGCAGUCAUGCAACUACAAGCAGCUCCGGAAAGGAGCCAACGAGGCCACCAAGACCCUCAACAGGGGCAUCUCUGAGUUCAUUGUGAUGGCUGCAGACGCGGAGCCCCUGGAGAUCAUCCUGCACCUCCCGCUGCUGUGUGAAGACAAGAAUGUGCCCUAUGUGUUCGUGCGCUCCAAGCAGGCGCUGGGGCGGGCCUGUGGGGUCUCCAGGCCGGUUAUUGCCUGUUCUGUCACCAUCAAAGAAGGCUCUCAGCUGAAGCAGCAGAUCCAGUCCAUCCAGCAGUCUAUUGAACGGCUCUUGGUCUAAGCCUCUGGCCUCUGCCCUGCUCUCCCUGCUACUCCACCUCCAAAGUUGUGUAUCAUAUUAUCUGUGUUAGCAUGUAGUAUUUUCAAUAGCUUCAUUAUAAAUAUUGUCUAAAUCUGGUUUCUGGGUUUUGUAUUGUUUUGUGUUAUGGGGUGGUUUUUCCCUAUCUCCCCUUCCACCCUCCCUGCCAUCCUUUUAUCCUCCCCAUUGAAAAAUGAGCUAAUGCCCAGAACACAGAGAAGCAGAGUGGUGGCACCAUUUAAAGGCAGGAAGAGGCAGGAGAGACCUGACCAAGAUGGAGAUCUGGUGGCCCUGCUGUGUGCGGGGGACGAUGGGAGCCAACACCAGCCACUUGAGCCUCUUGUGUCUGGCAUGCAGAAUAGCUGCAUGUGACCAUGGCUGAGGAAUUGUCUUUGCUUGCUAGAGGAUUCCAUACCGUCUGCCAUGAUUUUACUGGGCUGGUGUCCAAGAGCCCCUUACUAAUGUACCCCUGGGUGCUUCUGACUGUGUGAUGUGUUCACAGGCCAGCCCCAUCUGUGCCCCUAGCCCGAGGGUGGGUGGCAGAGCAGCACACCACAGGGAUGGGCUGAGGAUUCUAGCCUGUUGACCUGGGUCUUGAGUCAGGAGGGUCAAGGGCGGCAGAAUCUGCUGAUGCUGGGGUGGAGGGUUUGGGGAAAUCAUAGGGACCUGGCUGGAAGCCAUGGCAGAGACAGCACAACCAGGAAGCCCCUCUGGUGAAUGAAGAUUUAUUGCCUCAGUGGCCACUUGGACCAGCUCUGGGAGCCCACACCUCUGUUUCCUGCCAGUGUGUGUCAAGUGUAUUCUUCACUUCAUGAGGAGAGUCCUAAUGUGUCAUUCACUUUUGAACAUUUUAAUAAAUCUCUUCAAACUCCA